UUGGUAUUUUAAAACUUGACAUACACAAUAUUUAUUGUUGCAGUUAAAUUUUUAAUUAAAAUUGAUAAUCAAAAAAGAAGGCUCUAAAAACCGGGUAGAAUCUGUAUAAAUUAGUGGACAACGUCUAAACGCCAUCGCAACACAUACAUCUAUCAGUGGUUUACAAUAUAAUACGAGGGACAGUCAAAUAUAAACCGAACUUUUUCCAAAACUUUUUAUUCGAUCAACAUAUUUCCUUCGCACACCCAAAUCAUUUUUCUACAUAGUUUCCACUAAUAUCUAAGCACUUUUGUCACCGGAUUAUGUGUGUGUGUGUGUGAGAAUAUACGCGAACAUGAAACUAUAGAUAAUAUGAUAGAAUAUAUAGAUACGGAUUCGGAUAUGAUGAAAGUAAAUUCAACAACAGACUUCUUCGAAUUAAUGAUAAAAAUAAUUAAUGACACCGAAUUAAUAAUACCAAAUCGAUUAGCAAACAUAUAUUAUACUUUGACGUAUUAAAUUACCGGUAAUUAUAAUAUAAUAUAACAAUAAUAAGGAAAAUUUGUAUAUUAAGACUUUGGAACAUAAUAACUUCGUUCAUGAUACAUAUAAAACAAUAAUAAAGACGUUUUCUUUAUAUAAAUAAGACCCGAGCUAUCGAUUAAGCCUAUACAAAAUUCAAUCGGUUCAACCAUUAUUGAGGUCCGAUAAUUUAAGGUCAACCAGCCGACUCGCGUAUAAAUACACGGGGUGCCUCGCUGCUGCGCAUGAAUUUGGCGAGAUACUACCGUGUCUCUUGAUACCAAGAAAGAUGAAAUAAAGUAAUACAAUUUAGUAUAUUUUUUCUUUGUAUCUUUUUAUUUUCAUUUAUGGUGUAUCAAGGGUUUUCUGUGAUAUCGAGAAUUUACAAAGCUACUUGUUAAAAGAUAUUGGAGAACCAUAAGCUCGAUUAUAAGAUUUGACGGUUUAACUGUUGAAGAAAGCUAGAAUAGGCUGAAAAUAUAUGUGUAAUAGAAGUCUGUAAAGUCUGAUGAAAGUCUGUGUCUCUAACUGAUUGCAAGAUUGUAUAUACGAAAUAUUAUUCUCUUUGAAAUCUUACGAUUUUUCAGGAGAGAGAUAUAUCGCUGCGAAUCGCAAACAUGACGAAUACAUAUGAGAAUAAGCCGUUUUAUUACUCUCUGAGCAACGACAGGCAGGAAGAUGAGAAACUGUUGGAACCGAUCAGAUACUAUCUUCAAAUUCCUGGAAAACAGAUAACUGUGAAAUUAGCCCACGCUUUUAAUUAUUGGCUAAAAAUAUCGCCCGACAGAAUACAAGCAAUCAACGAAAUAAUAAUCAUGCUCUCCAACUCAUGCGUUAUAUUUGAUGAUAUCCAAGUUAAUUCCAUUUUGCGAGGAGGUAUUUCUACCGCUCAUUCUGUUUAUGGAAUUGCUAGGUCACUAAACGCUGCACAUUAUACAUUAAUAAUCGCAUUGGAAAGAAUUGCUAAUUUGCAUCCUGCAGCGACAAAAGUAUAUAUGGAACAAAUGUUGGAAGCUUUUAGAGCUCAAGGAAUGGAAAUUUUUUGGCGGGAAAAUCUUAUUUGUCCAAGUGAGGCAGAGUAUAGAACUAUGGCAAUAAAAAAGAUUGGAAGUUUCUUUAAUUUAAUGGUCAAAUUAAUGAAACUCUUCUCUAUUUAUGAAGAGGACUUAUCAUCGCUAGGUAUUAUUUUGGGUUUACACUUCCAAAUACGCAAUGAUUAUGGCAAUUUGAAUGGCAAUAAGUAUACCGAAAAUAAGAGUUAUUGCGAUGAUUUGAGUGAAGGGAAAUUCAGCUUUCCCAUUGUUCAUGCGCUUACAACGAAUCCUGAUGAUAGGCAAAUAAUAUAUAUUCUAAAACAACGAACCAAAGAAAUCGAAGUGAAACAUCAUUGCAUUGAAUUGUUGGAGAAAUUUGGCUCUUUCAAGUACACAAAAAGUGUACUUGAAGAGUUGGACAUGAAAGCGAGAGCUGAGAUUGAACGUUUAGGAGGCAACCCGCUUUUGAUAAAACUUUUAGACGAGCUCAAGAAUUUGAAUUAUUGGGACUAAAGAAGCACCAAAGAUCUUUUAACUGGAACAUUUUAAAGUUGACUGGCAUCAUACAGCCCGCUAAGACAUGUUACAACAAGUUACAACAACAUACGAAUAGUAGUUAUUAUUGCAUAUAUAACUUAUCAAAUAUUUUUAUUGAUUUGGGUAAGAUUAUUAAUUUACAGAUAAAUACACUUCAAUUAAAUGCUUAUUAU